AUGGCACGCUGGACAGUUCAUCUUGAAGGUGGUCCCCGUCGUGUAAAUCAUGCUGCUAUCGCCAUAAAUUCGGAUAUUUUUUCGUUUGGCGGAUAUUGUAGUGGUGAUGGACAGGAUCAGAGACAAUUUAUUGAUGUGCAUGUGUUGGAUACGAGUGUGUUGUUUUUGGGCAGGGAUUGGGGGGAAAAAAAUCUGCCAAAAAUAUAUUGAUAAAUAAUUUCUAUAUUUUUAAAUCCUGAAAUUGUCAAAAAAAGUUAUUUGAAAAUUUUUACGGCUAAGUAAAAUAUUUAGAAAUUGUAAUUGUGAGUAUAACUCUCAAGAAAAAUAGACAAAGUUUACAAAGACUUUUUUGGGAUCUUAAAAUUUUAGAUCCCAUUUUCAAGAAGAGUUCAAUAUUGUUUUCUGAGUAAAUUUAUAACCAAAAAACUCCCGUAUUUUUGUAAGUUUUGUAAAAAUUCAAGGACCACUCUAAAAAUAACUUCUAAGAAUUCUAGAUCCAAAUCAGUGAACUCUAUUUAUAUUGUUCAAAAUUUUUGUUUUACCCUGUGUCUGAAAUUUCUAAGCGAAUCAAACACCAGUGAGCAAAGAAUUUUUAAUUUGAGAAAUUGCUUCCUGUAGAAUUUUCCUGAUUAUUUAAAAUGUUCACCAAAACCAUCUGAACCAUGUGUUCUUCUUUCCUUUGCCAAACAACAGAAAUUUUCAUUCAAAAAAAAAACCGAGAAGAUAAAGAUCUCUAAAUUCGUAUAUUCUUUUGUUCUUCCGAUGGCAAAGGUCAUGCCAUAUUUCAUUGUUGUAAAUUUCUGAAUUAGGGAUUUUCAGCCAAAAACCUCAUAUUUUCAGCAACUUAUCGAUGGGCACGUGUUCAACACUCGAAUCAGACUUUCAACAGAAGAGAUGCGUUUUUGGUGAGUGUUUCUUUGAAUUUUCUUCUAAACCAGAAAUUCAAAUUCAUUGUUUUUCAGGACGUUUCGAUUGGAAAUGACGCUGAUGUUGGCGGUGAAUUUUCGCAGAAAAACGAGGUUCCUUAUCAAAGAUAUGGUCAUACUGUAGUUGGACACAAUGGAAAAGCCUAUCUUUGGGGUGGAAGAAAUGAUGAUUAUGGAGCCAGUAAUUUGAUGCAUGAAUUUGAUCCGGGUAGGCAUUUUUGAGGGGUUGAAGAUUUGAAAUUGGUUGGGGAGAAACUGGGAAAAAAAUUAUUUUGAAAAUUGUCGGACCAGAAGAAAUCUUGAUUCUUGUCCCAAAUAUUCAACAAAUUGUUUUGUGAUGGUCAAAGAUUGUCUGAUUUCAUAUCAUCUUAUCAAAUUUGAAAUAAAUUGAUAUUUAUCUAAUUUGAUUGAUGUUUUUGUCGAAAAUUUUCAACACAAACUUUUUUUUUCAGAAUUUUGGGGUUUUGAAAAAACUACAGAAUCAUGAAACCCUUUUUUCAGUAACCCUCAGAUGGCGAAAAAUGGAAAUUGUGGGUUUCAUCCCGCCAGCUCGCGACGGACACACUGCAGUUAUGGUCAAUAAUAAAAUGUUUGUAUUCGGUGGAUUUGAGGAGGAAUUGCAGAGAUUCAGUCAGGAGACUUAUGUUUUUGAUUUUGAUACGAAUCGAUGGGCUGAAUUUAUGACUAUUGUGAGUUUUUUUGGGGAGAGGAUUUGAUGGAAAAAUUCAACCCUGGCACAGUUUUUUAUUUACAAAAAAUAAUAAUAUGAGACUUGGAAAAUGAAAUCACAAUACAAAAUUUGGUGACCCAUUUUUUGUUGAAAAAAGUUUCUGGAAAUUUUCAAAAAAAAAAACCAGAAAAUCCAUUCUAAAAUGCAAAGCCCUGAAUUAUUUUCAAAAAAGUUUCAAGUUUCACAAACCCAUUUUUUGCAGAACACGCCUCCAAUUUGGCGUGAUUUCCACACAGCAGCCGCAAUCGACAACAAAAUGUAUAUAUUCGGCGGCAGAAGUGACCAAAGUGGUCAGGUCGGUGACGAGCACUUGGUACGUGUGCAGUGAUUGUGUUUUUGUCGUUUAACCCACUUAUUUUUUCUCAUUUUUUGAAGCCCUCCUUCCCCCUUUUGCCCCCUCCCCCCUUUUUCAGCAUGUCCAUUUCGAGGUGUUUUCGUUUGGGAAAUAUGGUUAACUUUGGUAUGGUGGUUGGAAUUGAAUGUGGUUUUGAUCUAGCUUAUUUUCUCUAACUCAUUGUCCUUGUCAGAAUUAACCUUUUUGGUUGAAAAUGAUUUGGAGAUGGUUUUUUACCUUCUCCAAAUUGCACCCUUCACCCCCUAUCAUUUUCAACUUCUCAAUUCAAUUUUUCGUAUUUUAGUUCCACUCUACUAACGAUAUUUAUGAUGAUAAAUUGAUGAUGCUUGACUUGAAAACUGGAAAAUGGAGUGAAGUUGAAGUGUUUGGCACAGCUCCAGGAGGUCGACGAAGUCAUUCAGCAUGGGUUUAUAAUCAAAAAAUGUACAUGUUUGGCGGAUAUUUGGGAUCGAAAAACAUCCAUUACAAUGAAUUGUAUUGUUUUGAGCCAAUGACUUCAACAUGGUCAAUUGUUGGAUGUUUUGGGGAAUAUCCGAGUGCGCGAAGACGGCAUUGUACUGUUGUUGUUGGCAAUCGUGUUUUCUUGUUUGGUGGAACUAUGCCAAGUGGAUGUGGAAAUGGAGCAGGAAAUGGUGGGAUUAUUCCGCAAAUUUCGACAAGUGGAUUGGCUGAUUUGAGCGAUAUGCAUGUUUUGGAUUAUGGUGAGUGGUUUUGGGGACAAAAAAAUUGUAAAAUUCUGACAAUUUCAUUCAAAACAGGCCUGUGCCGUAAAAUCAAAACCCGGAAAACGGGAAGUCGGAAAAUUUCCGGAUUUUUUGAAUCGGAAAAUCCGGAAAGUGUUUCAAAGUCUCUGAAAUUUCGAUUUUCAGCCUUAAGUUGGCACUAAAACUAAUUUUUAUCUACAAUUUUUCUAUUCACAGGAAAUUUAGUAACUAUUUGAGACGUUUUACGUUCAAAAAUAGUGAAGUUUGAAAAAUUGAAAAAAAAUUGCAAAAAUUUCAUUUUUUCUCUCAUAAACUGAGAAAAUUUCCCAAAAUUUAGGCAAUUUUGAAAAUAUUACUACCAAAGAUCAUUUUCCGGAUUUUCCGAGCACGACACAGGCCUGAAAAUUUGAAAAAUGCGUUUCUCAUUCGCAAAAAAAAUUGUAAACGAUUUUUUAUAUCAAAAUUUCUAAAAAUCAGUUCGCUUAAAAAAUAUUCACCUUUGAAAAACAUUUGUAUCUGAAAAGUUCUAAAUUUCCACGUCAUAGCACCAAAAUCUCUGAAAUUUUCCAGCUCCAACUCUCAAACAACUCGCAUUGAUGCAAGUCUUGAAUCAAACCACAAAACAAGCGGCAACUGAAAUUUAUCAAGGAUUCAAAUAUUUGUUGCCACUUGAUGUUAGGUAUGUUUAUUUCUGGCUUCAAUUUUCUGAUUUUCAUCCCAUUGAUAAAUAUUUUCAGAGAAGAAAUGUAUUGGAUGACGACGCCCAACAAGCUGAAUCAACAAACACAACAAAGAUUUGAGAAUUUUGGAUAA